GAUACGUACAAGAACCGCAGAGAGACAUACCUCCUCUCUCCUGAUAGGCUGACCCUAAAUCCCAGAGGAGGAGGAUUCUAACAUUCGGGCUCUCUGGUUAGUGCUGAUUUGCUGAAACAAUAAAGAAACGGCCGAGUGAAGGAAGAAAAAAAUAUAUUAAGUUAAAUUUAAGGAUGAGCUCCCCUUGCCAAAGGUCAAAGACAAGAAGAUCAACAGCCCGGAGGCACACUCUCUCUGGUUAAGAAAUACUUCACAUAAGACAUGGCAGGUACAGGUUUAAGGAUGCAUGCACUGUUCCUGCUGCUGGGUUUGUCACAGAUUUGCACUGCAGAUCAUCAUCAUCAUGUGUCCGUGUACACGGUCACGUCUUACAGUGUGACCAUGCAGUGGCCAGCAUACCCCGGCGCCAGCCACUACAGGGUCCAGGCCACGCCCCAGCUCAAUCCGGGACAUUCUACCGCCUUUUCCACGUUCAACGGCAACAUGGCUGUCGGAGGCCUCAACACCCUGUCCGCCAACACGGUAUACACCAUGCAGGUCGAUGCGAUGGACGAUGAGCUCAACGUCCUCAGCACCAUCGGGACGAAGGAGGCGCUCACAGCUCCUGAGGUGCCAGAGAUCACACUGGCCUACUCAAAGCAGAGCAGCAGCAUCACCGUGGAGUUCAACAAUGUGACGGGGGCCACCGGAUACAUCCUGAGGGCCAUGUCCGACGUGGACGACUUCUUUGAGGAGACGGCGGUCAACGAGUCCCCGGGCACGAUCCAGGGGCUCGAUCCCUUCACCGACUACACGCUCAGUGUCAUGUCCGUCAACGCCGGUGGGCGGAGCCAGCCUUCAUACAACUACGAGCUCAGGACAGUGGUGACGGCUCCGCAGCUGACCACUAUCUCCGAGACCAACAGCACCAUCAACGCGAGCUGGCCCCCGGUGGAGCACGCCGCGUUCUACUCCCUCUACAUCUUCCAGACACCGAGCACCAACAAUCUCACCACCUACAUCACCAACCAGACCUCCUUCACCUUCGACGGCCUGAGCCCCGGCACAUAUUACUGCAUCAAGGCCACCGCCUCGGAUCAGGACGGGCGAGCCGGAGACCACAACCGCACCUGCCAGAUCACACGUCCCCCGACCCCGAAGCCGGUGGAGGUUCUGCUGGCCAUUGGGCAAAUUCGGGUGCCGGCCGUCAGGGUGUACUUUGGGUCCUCUAAAGGUGCUGACACCUACUUUGUUGAAUCCAGCACUGGGCAGAACUGCACUCCUCAUCAAAGCUUGAGCCUAAACUACUGCAUCAUAUCCCCGCUGGUGUGCGGUCAGAACCUCUCCGUCAUGGUCACCGCCGCCAACACGGCAGGCCCCAGUGUUCCUUCAGCUGAGGAGGACUUUCAGACAUACCCGUGUCCUCCGGAGCGCAUCUGGGUGGAGGAGCCCUGGCCCGCCAGCUGCAGGGUGGCCUUCAGCCUGUCGCCCAUGGCUGACUUCUACAUGGUGUUCGUGAAGCGCGACGACGGCAUCGAGAUGAACUGCAACACCACGGGCGCGCCCUGCCCCUUCACCUGCACCUGCGGCUUCACCUACUUCUCCACCGUGUUUGCCCACAACCCGUCCGGCUCCAGUCCCUGGGGGGCCGUGGCCAACUACACCACCAUUCCUUGCUGUCCAGAGAACGUUACCGUGCAGCUGGUUUCCACGGAGACGCUGGAGAUAGAGUGGGUGCCGGUGCGAGGGGCGGACCUCUACGAGACGCGGGCGGAGCAGACGGAAGGCGUGAUCCACUGCAACGACACGUCGCCGGUGUGCGCGCUGUCGGACCUGAGCUGCAACACCUGGUACUCAGUGGUGGUCACGCCCUGCAGCGAGCUACGGGGCUGCAACGUCAGCUGCCAGCCGCAGCAGCACGAGACAGCUCCGUGCACCCCGCAGAUCCACAACCUGACCCAGGCCAGCGAGUCCAGCAUCACGGUCCACUACACGACCCCCAACGGGCCCAGCACCAACUACUCUGUCUCGGCGGUGGGACGCAUGGACACGCACCACUGCCACUCGCAGUCCGCUUCCUGUGAGCUCACGCAGCUGCCCUGUGGGGCCGUCUUCGAGGUGGUGGCGGUGGCCAGCAACGCCGUCGGGCCGAGUCUGCCUAGCUUCAGCGUUCCUCUGGAAACAGGUCCCUGCUGUCCCUCCAACCUGAGCGUGAUGCAGGUGACCCAGGCCAUGUCCAACGUGACGUGGGGCCCCAGCCUCGGCGCACGCUCCUACAUGACGGCCCUGACCGCGCCGCGGGGCCACGCCCAGUGCCACACCAUGAGCACGCACUGCCUGAUGGGAUGCCUCACCUGCGGCACCAACUACAGCGUGAACAUGGAGGCCAUCAGCAGCACGGGGCACGUGUCCAACUGUAGCUACAGCGGAUUCUCAGCCAGCGCCUGCUGCCCCACACACGUCAAGCUCCAUCGGAUGUCCAACCACUCCAUGAGGGUGUCCUGGCGGUCCUCCGCGCCGCCCCACCAGAACUACACGGUGGCCGUGUCCGGCGCGGGCUCCAACCACACGUGCACGCAGGCCCCGUCCAGACGCUACUGUGACGUGCAGAACGUGACUGUGUACACGUGCGGCGACGUGUACACAGUGGCGGUGGCGCCGGUCAACAGCGACGGCAGCGUGGUCAGCUUCUGCCCACAGAGGAUAUAUGCCGUCUCUUGCUCAGGCAACAGUGUUGGAAUGGCGAUCUACCGUGGAAGGGUUAGUACGGGUUAAAUGUGUGGAAACCCCCCCCCCCCCCGGUUGGACACAAGGAUACGUCUGCUACACGCUAAGCUGAAGAGUGAAGAGUGAAGAUAGAAUAUCUAAAAUAUCACCUUGUUUGUUGAGACAUGCCUUUUGUUUUGCUGCAACUGCUAUUUUUCCGAGACAGAGCCAAAAUGCAAUAAAUACGAUUUUACACAUCGGCCUGUAUUCAAUCUGAAACAUAAACAUUAUGAUUGGGUGAAGAUUGUUUAAACGAAAAUAAGAAUCAUGAAUAUUAAAAGGCCUGCAAUAAUUCCAUGGAAAAAUCCCAAAUAGAAUCUUUUGAAGACAACGACGAAAGAGAAUCAAGAAAAAAUAUAUUUCCCAAAGUAGAAAAGCCUCCAUUGGUGGAUGCACUGUCAUUGAUGCCUCUUGGGUUCAAAAGGUCGCUGUUGGAUUUUGGAAUACGGUAAAUGUAAUAGUGGAUAGGCAGAAAGUAUCCAUGGUGAAGGCCUGGAGUCAUCAUGUGUGGCAGUGUCCCCUACGGAUGAUAUGUCUGAUCAGAUACCUGGGGAAGCCGAUUCCAUGUUAACGCCUGCAUUCACUGCAUUCAUGACAUCCCCGGUGACUCUGUACACAAAUAAAGCACAACCUUUCUUAUGCAUGACAA